AUGUCUCUAAACAGCACAUCGGGCGCGCCCGCGAUCGAUCCUACGAAACACGGAGAAUACCCGAUCUUGCUCGGCAAUAAGCUGGCUGACAGCAGGGACGUCGAUCUAUCGUCCUUUGUCAAUAUCACAUAUAACCACAAAAGCAAGUCGGCGACGGCCAACCAACGUACAAAGGUCACGCGGUCGGGGGUUUCGCAGGAUCUGUACCAUCUCACCAUCACGGACAAGGCCGGUAAUGCCGAGCAGACGACCUUGGAAUACAAGUACAAAGGUAGCGCGGACCCGUCCCUGCCGGUUCAGGGCCCGGACACGAGGAACCUAGUGCUUGUGUUUGAUCCGAAUCGCAAGGCGUUUAUACUGGAGUCUGUUGGCACAAGUCUAAACUUCAACUUGCGAUCCGCUCCGGGGAAGAAUAGGGAGGUGAUUGAGCAGUAUGAGCAACUACAUACGCUCGAUGACGACCUGGACCACGCAUCCCGGGACGAAUCUGACGAUGAAAACCUGGAAAAGGCGGACCAGGACAACCCAUUCGACUUUAGACAUUUUCUGCCCAAGGCUGAUGCCGAAAAUGCAAAGCCGACGACCACAGUUUCAACUACAACAACGCCAGACCCGCAUGGCGCUUUCAGCAGGGCUGACACGCCUGUAACAAAGCCUUCAAAGGUCGCCAAAUUGACUAAAACCGACAAGGCGAACCCGAAACCAUUGCCAAAACCCCUCAAGCAGCAGAAUACUAAUUCUCUGCAACGGCCCAAACAGGGCCCGAAAUCUACGCCAACAAGCACAGCUCCUACGCCUACGCCUGCGACCACAAAGAAACAGCCCAAGUCGGCGCCGCGCGUGGAGCCAGAAGAUCUAUCUUCUGAAUCAGCUCCUCCGUCCGACUACGACGAUGAUGGCCUAGCUGAGCCGCAGAGGGAGGAGUCGAACAAAGCAACGGCUUCUCCGAGCUCCAAUAUCAUCGUCGACGGAGACCUUAUUAUUGACAUGGGGUCUCCGCCGCCGUCGCGGCCGGCGUUUAAAGUCAAUCCAGCGCAUUUCUCAUCCAACAACAGCUCUGCUAAUGAAGCCGAUGAUGAUGAUGAAGAUGAGGAAGAGUUUGAGGAUUUGCGUCUUCCAUCUCCCGCUCGACAGACAGAAGCACCGUCUGCGCCUGUACCGCCUGCCGAUACGCAAAAGGGAGAAGAUGAAGAUGACGAGGACGCGCUAGCAGCCGAAAUGGAAGCAGCCUUUGAAGAAGAAGCGUCCCGAACCCAAAAUAUACAGCAGACACACCGGUACGUAUCGAGCGAAGACGAGAGCGAGGUCAGCGAAGAAGAGUAG